CCAAAAUGGUUAAAGUCAAGUCUUUCUUCCGGUUCACUUCCGGUUUCCACGUCUUGCAUUUGGCAUAAGCACGUUUACAGCUGCAGUUAUUUCUGCUCAAAUUCACACAACGUCUUGACUCUUCCCACACAUCUGAAAGGUUAACCGAUCAUUUAGUUACUUAGUCAAUCGGUUAAUAUAAUGUCAAACAUACGCUAAUAUUGAGGUAAUACCCCUGCAGUCCUUCAGUGUAAAUAUGCCGUGUUGGAGACCGUGGUAAUGGAGCGAGAUUUACUCAGACAGUCCGUGUCGUAUCACGGGGAAAACCUGAUGUUAUUGUUAAAAUGCGAGCAAAGUGAGAACCCAGACUUCAAACGUGUGGCUGCUGAUCUCUCCAAAACUCUGAAUCAAAGGGAUAAAGAAGAGGGGAGCCCUGUUCUUGAGCAGUUCAUAGCAAGGAAAGCUGAUCUGCUGUUUGCUCCGUCAUGGAAAACAUCUACACCCGCAGAUGAAAGGCAGGAGGAAUCUGGAGUUAUAUUGGAUGGCUGUGCGGAUGAUUGCAUGAUGAGCGUGCGUAUUGUUUCAGAGGCGCACGCCGUCAUGCCUCCGCUGGAGCAGUUCAUGGAGGUGUGUUUUGAGGAGAGACGGGAGCUCUUCUACAGGGACGUGGAGCGUGGAGACGUGGUUAUCGGAAGGAUAAAUUCUGUGCGAGACUUCGGCUUAUUCAUAACUCUUCUCUGCACUGCUGGAGGACUGGAACGAGAUAUUGAGGAUCUGGAGAUAAAGGCCCUCUGUCCAUUAAGAUGUGUUCCUUCAACUGGAAAUCACGAUGAUCCUUUGUCUUAUUACCAAAUUGGGGAUUUGCUUCGAGCUGGGGUGAAGGGCAUUGACCGCUACCACGAGAAGCUGACACUAUCACUGUAUUCAUCCUCACUGCCUCCUCACUUGGAUAAAGUUAAGCUGGGUGUCAUAAGCAAAGAAGAUCUUCCUCUUCAUUAUACCCGGGGUGAAAAGGUGACCGCAGACAGCAGCCAGACGUACGAGAAGCUUUUGGAGAGCUCUCUUGGUUUGUCCAACCCUUUAAAUGUGGACUACCUCCUGGGAAAGCUGGGAGUAAGCGACACACAAACGCCUUCACUCAUGAGGGGCUUGCAGAGUAAACACUUCAAAGAAGAUGAUUUUGCAACAGCUAUUCGGAAGAAACAGUCUGUGUCCUGGGCCCUGAAAUGUGUUAAAGUUGGCGUUGGCCAUUUCAAAUCGAGGCGUUAUGUAGAAGCAAUGAAUGAGUACAACAAGGCCUUAGAGAUCGACACAAACAACGUGGAAGCUCUUGUGGCACGUGGAGCUCUAUAUGCAACCAAAGGAAGCUUGAUGAAAGCUAUUGAUGACUUUGAACUGGCCUUGGAGAACUGCCCCACGCACAGGAACGCCAAAAAAUACCUCUGCCAGACACUAGUGGAAAGAGGAGGACAACUUGAAGAGGAAGAAAAGUUGGUGACUGCUGAGGGUCUCUACAAAAGAGCCAUUGUAUUAGAUAACACAUUUCAAGGGGCAGCAGAAGCCCUGGAGAAACUUCAGCUACGCAUCCAGAAAUCGCUUGAAUUGAAAGAGCAGGAAGCUGCCAAAGAGCAGGAAAAAACUAAGACCGUGGAGACAAGUGCAGAGAAAUUGCGUAAGAUCCUAAAAGAAGAGAAAAGAAUGAAGAAGAAAAGGAAGCGGUCGACCUCUUCCUCUACAUCCUCAGAUACGUCUUCAACUUCAAGCGAUGACUCUUCUUCAACGAGUCGUAAAAAGUCGAAGAAACGGAAACACAAGCGCCGCCGCUCAUCUCACGGCAGUAAGAAACACAAGCGGAGAGCGUCGUCUUGUAGCGAUAAAACGGUAGAUGAUGACAUAGAGUGGUUUCCCGCUCCUGCCAACACCUCCGCUUCCUACAUCGACCAGAAACAAUCCAUAAGCAAACUCAUCAGCGAAGGAGAACAGUCUUGGGAAAAAAGCCGAUGUGAAGAUGGCAGAGGUAGGUUAGAUGAUGCUAUUGACAGAAGUCUGGAGAACCUCAAACAUGGAGCCCAGUCUGAAGCGUCUAGACCGGGACGUCCCGAUGUGAACGGCGAGGUUACAGAUCAACACAGGACUCAGAGCAUCUCUGAAUGUGCCAGAAACAGGAGGGAUUCAUCCUCAACCCAGUCCGAAUAUUCCCAAAAAUCUGAUCGCUACUCUAAGGAAUUUUCUUUGCAAGGCAGAAAACGUAGUGAAUCAGAACGAGGCGGGAAUGAGAAGAUGGAUAAAGGAGAGCGAAAUAGUCAUGAUCAAGAUGACGGCAGGAAAUCUUCUGGUGGAUCCCUGAAAAAAGAUAUCCCUUCCAAUUUGUUGGACAUUUUCAGUCAAAUCGCUGAAUUUGAGAAGGAAAAAAAGCUGCAAAAAUAAAGUAGUUGCUCUUUAGGGCUGUCAGGAGUAACAUUAGUCGUGGUUUCAAUACUGGAACUAGCAGGUUUAACCCUCAAGUAUAGUAAUUGAAAUAUUUGCUAGUUUACGAAAAGUUGUUCAGAACUGUUUAUUUUCAUAAUUUCAGGUUAGAUAUUUUUUUUUUGCUUUGGGGGGAAGCAGCCUGUCUCUAAAAAAAAACUGCUAUAAAACUGAGCAGUGGCCAAAAUGUGUGAUGCAAAUGAUGCCUCAGUAUUAUACAUUGCAUUCAGUAUAAUGUCAGUGUUCAAAUAAACAAAUGUAAUGGUCAAAAA